UCGCGCGCACAGAGCAAGUAGAGCAUUGAUCAGCAACGCUGCCGAGCGCGAGCGGGUUCCCGUGCUUUCUCACCGAGUGCUAGCCAUCAGAGAGCAAGCUAAGGCGCUCCGGCGUCGCCAUGGCCAACAGCGCUCCGCCGGCCGGCGCGUGGUCCUCCGGCCUCUGCGGCUGCUUCGACGACGUCGGCGGCUGCUGCCUGACGUUCUUCUGCCCGUGCGUCACCUUCGGGAGGAUCGCGGGCAUCGUCGACCAGGGGCCCCCCUCCUGCUGCGCGAGCGGGGCGCUCUACCUCCUGCUGUCGGCGGCGGGGCUGGGCUGCCUCUACUCCUGCUGCUACCGCUCCAAGCUGCGGGCCCGGUACGAGCUCGCGGAGACGCCCUGCGCCGACUGCUGCGUCCACCUCUGCUGCGAGCCCUGCGCGCUCUGCCAGGAGUACCGCGAGCUCAAGGCCCGCGGCUUCGACAUGUCCCUCGGAUGGGAGGGGAACAUGGAGAGGAUGGGGAAAGCCGGCGCUGCAGCAACCGCCCCGCCCCACAUGAAUCCCGGGAUGUCGCGUUAGCACCGCAGUGCCUACUGCCUGCGUCUGGCAGAUGCAGCCUGCCAGAUCUGUGCAGUGUCAAGCUUCCGAUCGACUUCUAUCUGUACUUCGAUCUUUGUCGCGUGUUUGUUUCGACCUAUGUAUUCGG